GAAAAUAGCGACAAGAUUAGGAUUUCUUUUCAGGUCCAUUGCUGCUAAUCCGAAUUGGGCUAAUUGCUAGUCUGUAUACAGUUACUCGUUUUACUACAUUUUCACACUUACCCUGAAGAAGCUUCCCCUUAAACAGAGAAAUAUAUAUAUUUGCACUUCAACGAGCAUGAUCGUUCAAAAGGAAUUAUUAUUUAUUGCUAUAUUUGAUCUGGAACUUCAAGUGAACAAGAAAAACUAAACGUUUCGUGAGUAGAAGAAUGGAGAUAACGCAUAUAGCACUCGGAGCGGAUUUACUUUCCCAAAUAAAUCAAUAAUCUAUUGGACGUAUAGGCUAUUGUCUGCAGAGAAAACAACUCGACACACUCAUCAGGGAUUCUGUCUUUCACUGAAGCGGGGAUAUCCCUUCCGUCUCCGCUGAAGAUCACCGGAAAACUAUUGUUUCCUCUUACUGAAAAACCACCACAAUAGACUGCCCUGCAUUUGUUCUCUUUCUGUGGCGCGGAGAACUAUUUGACAAGGACUUUUGACAGCGACGCAGGAUGCCUCAAAAAGGGAGACAUUAAGAUUGGCUAAAUUGUUUUAAGCCGACAGUCAACUCUGUUUCCAGAAUACCACAGCCAAGCCACGUGGGAGUCUGGCGUAGCCUCGAUGAUGCAGAACAAGGUCUAUGACAUCUGUGAUGAAGGUCACAGCGGUGUGAACCAGCUGGGCGGUGUGUUUGUUAACGGUAGACCGCUACCGGACACCACCAGGCAGAAAAUCGUCGAACUUGCUCAUAGUGGCGCGCGGCCGUGCGACAUCUCCAGGAUUCUGCAGACCCAUGAUGACUCAAAAGUCCAAGUGCUGGAAAAUGAAAACGUGUCCAACGGGUGCGUGAGUAAGAUCCUUGGCAGAUACUAUGAGACUGGCUCCAUCAGACCGAGAGCGAUCGGAGGCAGCAAGCCGAGGGUAGCCACUCCAGAGGUGGUGGGGAAGAUAGCGCAGUACAAGCGGGAGUGCCCGUCUAUUUUCGCCUGGGAGAUCCGCGACAGACUGUUGUCGGAGGGGGUCUGCACCAACGACAAUAUACCCAGUGUAAGUGCAGUGAGUGUGUCAUCAAUAAACAGAGUCCUCCGCAACCUGGCUAGCGAGAAGCAACAGAUGGGCGCAGAUGGCAUGUAUGACAAGCUGAGAAUGCUCAACGGUCAGACAGGAACUUGGGGGACACGGCCCGGCUGGUACCCCGGAACUUCAGUGCCAGGGCAGCCCAACCAAGACGGCUGCCAGCCACAGGACGGUGCGGGAGAGAACACCAACUCCAUCAGUUCCAAUGGGGAGGAUUCUGACGAGACGCAGAUGCGACUCCAGCUAAAGAGAAAACUACAGAGAAACCGCACGUCGUUCACCCAAGAGCAGAUUGAAGCACUGGAAAAAGAAUUUGAAAGGACUCAUUAUCCUGACGUUUUCGCGAGGGAAAGACUGGCAGCGAAAAUAGAUCUGCCUGAAGCAAGAAUACAGGUGUGGUUCUCAAACAGAAGAGCGAAGUGGAGGCGGGAGGAGAAGCUGAGGAACCAGCGUCGUCAGGCCAGCAACUCCUCCAGUCACAUCCCCAUCAGUAGCAGCUUCAGCACCAGCGUCUACCAGCCCAUGCCUCAGCCCACCACACCGGUGUCCUUCACAUCUGGGUCUAUGUUGGGCAGACCUGACACGUCCCUCACCAACACGUACAGCGCACUGCCUCCCAUGCCCAGCUUCACCAUGGCCAACAACCUGCCUAUGCAACCCAGCCAGACCUAUUCCUGCAUGCUGCCUACCAGUCCGUCUGUGAAUGGGCGGAGCUACGACACAUAUACGCCCCCUCAUAUGCAGGCACAUAUGAACAGCCAAUCAAUGACCACUUCUGGUACCACCUCAACAGGACUCAUCUCUCCUGGAGUGUCUGUCCCUGUCCAAGUCCCAGGCGGCGAGCCUGACAUGUCUCAGUACUGGUCAAGACUACAAUAGAGAGAAGAGCUACUUCACCCUGUAACCUCUCACCCACCGCCCUCCGCUGGGAGCUCACACACACAUGGAGAGAAGUGGAGGAGAGAGAGACUCUGGGAGUGCCCUAGGACUACAGGGUGGGGUUGUUUCCACUGGGACAGUGUGUUGUUCUGUAGCUCCUGGCACAUAUGAGGACUGGGGAGAACAACGAUGGGAAGAGAGGGGGAAGAAGAAGACAAAACGUGGACCUCUGUAAAGUGCCCGGUGUUUAACAUUUUCAUGGAACAAAAACUUCAUUUUUUCCUUCUCACUUUCCAAGUAAUUGUUUCUUUUUUUCUGUCUGUCUCUUGUGUUUGUAUAUGGCCGUGUGUAUGUUAUGACGAAACCCCAGAUCAACUACUGAUAGAUGGACUGCUAGAAAACCAUGUUGGUCUUGUGUUUGUAUUUGGGGUAAAGGAGAACCCAAGAGAUUUCUGCCAUGACUAUUUUUUUAUCUGCUAACAUCGAGACUUUCUACCAGACUUUGCAUGGUCUGUGGACUCAUGCGAAACGGUUGCAUAUCACCCGAGAGGAGAGCUGUGGGGAAUAGACUCAGUGUGUUUAUUAAACCUAUUUAUUGGUCAUACUCCUUCAAAAUGGACGUCAGCAGAGGAGGACCUCCAGUCAAUCCACCCACCUCAGCCUUGGGCCUUUGACUCCUGCAAUAUCACAUAAACUGUAUAGGCCUGGGUAUUUAACUGUGGUCACAGACAACCACAUUAUCACAUGAAUUGUACAGACAACUACCACUAACAGUUUGCAAGGGCAGUGGGACAUUCAAGACUUGUUCAUGGACUUCUGCUGUGGUGGAUGGAUUGAUUCUAGGUUCAAGACUUGUUCAUGGACUUCUGCUGUGGUGGAUGGAUUGAUUCUAGGUUCAAGACUUGUUCAUGGACUUCUGCUGUGGUGGAUGGAUUGAUUCUAGGUUCAAGACUUGUUCAUGGACUUCUGCUGUGGUGGAUGGAUUGAUUCUAGGUUCAAGACUUGUUCAUGGACUUCUGCUGUGGUGGAUGGACUGAUUCUCGGUCCAAGUGAAGAGCUAUAAAUGCAGAGGAGCUGUGGAGUAAAACAGGUGAAUCGCUAAAUGGUAGACUGUCUCGAUAUAAUCCAAGUUGUUCAUGUCGAAUUGUAAGUAUGUCUUCCCUAGAAAUCAAAAGAUUUCUACAAUAAAAUACAUUUACAUUUUUAUCCUCCCAAGAAUAUUCUAUAAAUGUUUUCUACACAUUUUCAUGCAUCAUAAAAAUACAUUUCUUUAGGUCAGGUACAAUUAGUCUCUUAGGUAUAGUUGUAUUAUAGUGUUCUAUUGUCAAAUCAUUUUGUGCAACUAGAAAUAUUUCAUUCCUAUAAUUAUGAUUAAACAUGCUUGACAAAGUUUGAAACAUAAGUGUUUGGCAGUUGUUUACAAGUACAUAUCAGAUUGAAUCAUUGUUGAUUGUAAAACAGACCAAAGCCUUUGUAUUUCAUCUAUUACACAAUGUUUUUGUUGUUGAA